GAAAGAGGAGGAGGAGGAAGAUGAAUAGGACGUGAAGGCCCAAAAAAAGUCAUGGGGGCCGGGGUAGGGCUGGACCCCUUUUUGCUAUAAAUACACUGGCAGCUCGGAGGCUCGGAUUUGGUGGUUUGGGCUUCGGACACGAGACCCCCUCCACCACCGCCGUAGGUGCAGUAGUUGCCUUCUUCAAAGGAAUUACAUCGUCAUCAUCUAGGAUGCCUCGUGUGGACGCAGACCUCAAACUGGACUUCAAGGAUGUCCUAUUCCGGCCCAAAAGGAGCAGCCUGAAGAGUCGCUCCGAGGUGGACCUGCAGAGGACUUUCACAUUCCGCAACUCAAAGCAGACGUACUCGGGAAUCCCCAUCAUUGCCGCCAACAUGGAUACCACCGGAACCUUCGAGAUGGCCCAAGUCCUCAGCAAACACACGCUGUUUACGGCCAUUCACAAGCACUACACGGUGGACGAGUGGAGGAACUUCGCUGCUAAUCACCCGGAGUGCUUAGAGCAUGUGGCGGCUAGCUCAGGCAGCGGUAGCGGCGACCUGGACAGGCUGUGCGCCAUCGCCCAGGCAGUCCCUGCCCUCAAGUACAUCUGCCUGGACGUCGCCAACGGCUACUCGGAGCACUUUGUCGACUUUGUCAAGGCCGUGCGAGUGAAGUUCCCCACACACACCAUCAUGGCCGGUAACGUAGUGACGGGGGAGAUGGUGGAGGAGCUCAUCCUCUCCGGGGCCGACAUCAUCAAAGUGGGCAUCGGACCAGGGUCUGUGUGCACAACAAGGAUCAAGACGGGCGUCGGUUACCCUCAGCUGAGCGCCGUCAUCGAGUGCGCCGACUCAGCCCACGGCCUCAAAGGUCACAUAAUCUCGGAUGGCGGCUGCAGUUGCCCUGGAGAUGUGGCCAAAGCCUUUGGUGCGGGCGCCGACUUUGUGAUGAUGGGCGGCAUGCUGGCGGGACACGACCAGUGCUCGGGUGAUUUGAUUGAGAGGAACGGCAAAAAGUUCAAACUCUUCUACGGGAUGAGCUCAGACACGGCCAUGAAGAAAUACGUGGGCGGCGUGGCAGAGUACAGGGCGUCAGAGGGCCGCACAGUGGAGGUUCCCUAUCGGGGCAACGUGGAGGAUACGGUGCGCGAUGUCCUGGGCGGCGUGCGCUCCACAUGCACAUACGUGGGCGCCGCCAAGCUGAAGGAGCUGAGCCGCCGGACCACCUUCAUCCGCGUCACACAGCAGUCCAGCCAAAUGUUCGCCUAGCGUCCCCUGUGGCCCGGCCGCUUCAGGACAUCUCAGGAUUCUUUGCUGUCAACCACCUUGACGCCCUACCGAUAUUGGACAAGGAGCUCGGAAACAUACUUACAGCGGUGCCUUGACGUCCAUGAAAACACGGCAGUGAAUGGAAAUACACAAAGACGACGUUCAGAACAGCUCAGUAAGCUGCAUUCAUGAUAGUCGCUUCUCCCAAGUCGAGUCACCACUGCACAUGGCACG